CAUCGCAUGGCGGUUAUUGUUUUCGUGGUCGCGGGAACGCACGCUUCGAUACGGCGUCGAUCGAUCGGUAGUGUUUCAGUGUGGCUAGCUUUCCGAAGUUUUGUAACAGAUUGCCGGUGCUACUAAUUUAGUGUGUGCCAGUGUGCGGUAGCCAUUUUCGGGUGACGAUAAGCUUAUCGGUGUUGGAAGAAAGUUAAUUAGCGUAAAAGCCUGUGCGGUUGUUUCGUGUGAACAACAAUGAUGGAGAAAUUCUUGCAAGUUCUAACCAUCCUCUCGCUGGUAACACCGUUGCUGCUUGCUCGGCGCAUCCAGCUCGUCAACAUCAGCCCGGAGGAGGCCCAGAAGUACAUCACCCAGCAGAGUUUGGAUCUUCGGUACGCGUCGAAGCUCGGUGAGCAUCCGCUCGGUUACACGCGCAAUGUGCAGGAUCCGGCCACCUUCUACUACAACGGUCGGCUUAUCGACAAUCCGGAGGACUACGUGGAGGAGGAGUACGAGGCGAAACAGUUCCACGGGCAGGAUGGGCUCGGUAGAGCAAUGUUCGGCUACAGUGACCACAAUCAGGCCCGGCUGGAAGCACGCAACGCAAACGGUGAGGUCCGUGGCUCGUACCAGUACGUGAACCCGCUCGGUGAGGAUGUGAUCGUACAGUACUGGUCCGAUGGGCUCGGUUUCCACCAGAUCGACAACCGUCCGGAGGUACGUCUGCAGCCGGUAACCGAAACGCCCGAGGUGCGUGAGGCACGUCUCGCACACAUGAAAGCAUGGGAGGAAGCCGCCAACUUGGCCCGUGCCAAUCCAGACGUAACGUCCGGCAGCACGGACGACGAACCGUACCGUGCCGUCCAAGCAAACACGGUAGAGGAUGAGCCUGAGCAGGAUGAAAUAUUGGCUGCCGUUUCGAACCAACACCAGAGCCUGAUUCGCUAUCCGAGCCUACCGUACACGGACCACAUUUCGCCCAGCGUGUCCUCGGAUGCGCUUGGCGACGAAGGUGUCGUCGUGGAAGCGGUACGAAACGUGAAGAAGCGUAACAACGAGCAGGACGAGCAGGCGGCUGGCAGCGAGGAUGAACCGGCGGUAUCGGCCGAUCCGAAAGGAUUCUUUUACAGUUUCGACUAUCCCGUCCAGUUGGUGGCGGAAAGUGCGGCCAAAAAGGCGGCCCGCGCAGAAUUCGGCGAAAGUCCUCAAGAAUCGGUGGUGGUGGAGACGAAAGAUACAAGCGUCCCGAAAGCGGUUCCGGUGGAUGAUCGUGUCUCGUUGAAGGCGGUUCUGAGCGGUGAAACGUUGGUCGACGCUGUUCACGAUGCUCAGGUUUCACCGAAACAGAAGUUGCAGGUGGAGCGUAACUAAUGCGCAGGGACAUUGGGGGAGCAAAAGAACAGUCGGAAAAUAAAUUGGAGCAAAUCAGCAAACGAAAAACCACAAAAGCCAUCGGGAGCGAACGAAGCCGUAAAGAGAUCUCUGAACGAACGAUCCAGACAAUGCUGUGUGUGUGAGCGUGUGAGCUUGUAUCGGUACGUCAAUCAAUCGAAUUGUCAGACACAACUUAAGCGAACAAAUAAAACAUGAAUGAUCGGGUGAAAAAUGA